AGCGACAGCAGCAGCAGCAGCAUUAGCAGCAGCAGCAGGAGGAGCGUCGUAGUAAUAUGCGGUGCUGCUGAGGAGAGAGGAGGAAGGAAACAGAGGGAGAAAGAAAGAGAGGGGAAGUGAGAGAGAAGGAAGAGGGAAAGAGGGUAUUUCUUUGCACAUAAAACAGAGGAGAACGGGUUUUCUCUCCUCUUCGGACAUGUGGUGCACCCGGCAGAGGCAGUAGCAGCCCCGGCGGCGGAGGAGGCGGUGUCGGUAGUGCGGUUACGGCGCAGCGUCUUCUUCUUUCGUCUCUUUAUUUCGUUAUUUUUGCGGUUUAGUGCCCUUCGGUUAUGAGCUUGCUGGGGGCCUACAAGAAAAAGACCAGUUACGAUGGCUAUGAAUCUUUGCAGUUGGUCGAUAGCGGUGGAGAGAGCUUCAGCAUCGGCAGAGGGAGCAGCGGCAGCGGCGGCAGCAGCGGCGGCAGCAGCGGCACACUCGCAGGCUCCAUAGCGGCCACUCUUGGACCGAAGGCAGGCCCGCUGAAAGAGGAGGACUGCAGCACCAUGGACAGCUCAGAGAUGGACGCCAACUAUGGCGGAGGACUGUUGGAUAUGGUGAAGGGAGGAGCAGGGAAGUUCUUCAGCAACUUUAAGGACAACUUGAAAGACACGCUGAAAGACACGUCCACAAAGGUCAUGUCUCAGGUUUCCACGUAUACUAAAGGGGAGCUGGAUAUUUCCUACAUCACAUCACGGAUCAUAGUGAUGACUUAUCCAGCGGAGUCCGUUCAGAUCGGCUACCAGAACCACGUGGAGGACAUCCGCUCCUUCCUCGACAGUCGCCAUGCUGACCACUACACUGUCUUCAACCUCUCACAGCGAAACUACCGCGGCGCCAAAUUCUCCAACAGGGUGUCAGAGUGUAAUUGGCCUUCUCGUCAGGCGCCCAGCCUCCACAACUUGUUUGCUGUUUGCAAGAACAUGCACAACUGGCUCAAACAGAAUCCAAAGAACGUGUGUGUCAUCACAUGCUCGGAUGGUCGUGCCCCUUCAGGCGUUUUGGUUUGUGCCAUGUUCUGUUUCUGCCACCUCUUCAACAACCCGGUUCCUGCCAUGCAGCUGCUCAGCGCCAAGAGACCUGGAUCUGGACUGUGGCCCUCACACCGCAGGUACAUAGGCUAUGUAUGUAGCAUGGUCUCAGAGAAGCCCAGUCUACCCCACUCCAAGCCUCUGGUGAUCAAAGGGCUCACCAUGACCCCGGUCCCCUGCUUCAACAAGCAGCGCAGCGGCUGUCGACCCUUCUGCGACGUCCUCAUCGGAGAGACAAAGAUCUUCACCACUGCACAGGAGUACGAGAGGAUGAGAGAGCACAGGCUCCAAGAGGGUAAGGUAGCUUUUCAUCUGGGUGUGAGCGUGCAAGGAGAUGUCAUAGUUUCAGUCUACCACAUGAGGUCGACUAUCGGGGGACGACUGCAGGCCAAGGUGUCCAACACCCAAAUCUUCCAGAUCCAGUUCCACACUGGCUUCAUUGCUCCUGGUACCACUGUGCUGAAGUUUAACAAACCAGAACUUGAUGCAUGUGACUCUCCCGAGAAGUAUCCGCAGCUUUUCCAUGUGAUGCUUGAUAUCGAGGUGGAGGGGACGGACAAACAGAAGGACCUGACCCCACCGUGGGAGCAGUUCCCCUGUAAAGACCUCAGCCCCAACGUGCUCUUCUCCUGCCACCAGGAGCAUCAGGACGCUCUGGCUAUUGCUGAGCCAAGCCGGCCCCACGGAGGUCCAGAGAGUCGGGGCGGGGAGAGCGAGCCCUCCGACGACGAGAUGCUUUCUCUCUCCAGCCAGAGAAGCAGCACCAGCGCGGCCCCCCAUAAACCCGACCCUCCUGCCCCCGCUGCCCCUCCACCCGCUGAGGAGAUGGAUCUGCUCGGUCUGGAUGGGGAGGACAUGAACCGACAGUGUCCCUCGGCCCAGCCCGCUCCUGCUGCAGCUGCAGCCGCUGACCUUUUAGGGGACUUGUUCGGGGCCCCACCACAGCCAACGAGUGUGCCGUCAUCUGCCCAGUCCACACCCCAUAAAGUUGCCCCAAACACCGCCUCGCCGUGUCCCUCCCCGGCACCACCAGCAUUUGAUCCCUUUGGGGCGGGUCCCAUGCCGAAGCCUCAAGACAUGAUGGGAUCAUUCCUCGGACCAGGUAACGUGGGGCAGCCAGACCCCUUCCUGCAUGCCGCUCGCUCUCCAUCACCCACCCUGCAGCCUACGAGCUUCGGUCGAAGUUCCCCAGUCCCGCCCACCACCCCAUCAGUCAACAUUCAGCAACAAAACGCCAUGGGAGGAUGGGACUGGAACAGACCUGCUACCACAAGCACAGGAGGAGGCUUUGGAGUCGGCAGUCUGUCUGCAACUACAAGUCCCACAAGCUCUGUUCACAGCACCCCCACCCACCAAACAAAGCCAAACACCCUGGACCCAUUCGCCGACAUCGGCAACCUUGGGGGUUCUGGCUUCUCCAGUAAACCCACCACUCCUACUGGGACUACACCUUCCUACCCUCCAAUGGGCUCCCCCUCGCGUCCUCCCCCAUCACCACAGCACGCCCAUGCAGGAGCCGGCUUCCCCUCGUGGCAGCCAGGUGCUGGAGGCGCUGGAGGAUGGCAGGCUCAAGGACAGGGCCCUGCCCCGCAGCCAAAGCCCAGCCCGAGCCACACCGCCAUGCCUCACACCUCGCCCCAGAACAGACCCAACUACAACGUCAGCUUCUCUGCGAUGGGAGGGGGCUCGCCCAGCGCAGGGGUCAAAGCACCGGUUAAUAUGGGUACUAAACCCAAAGCCACAAAUGCCAACUUUGACGACCUGCUGUCUGGUCAGGGCUUCGCUGGGGCCAAAGAGAAGAGAGGGCCCAGGACUAUAGCAGAGAUGAGGAAGGAGGAGAUGGCCAAAGAGAUGGACCCUGAGAAAAUAAAGAUUCUGGACUGGAUUGAGGGGAAGGAGCGCAACAUCAGAGCUCUGCUGUCCACCAUGCACACUGUGCUGUGGGAGGGGGAGACGCGCUGGAAGCCUGUGGGCAUGGCCGACCUGGUUACUCCUGAACAGGUCAAGAAGGUCUACCGCAAAGCAGUCCUGGUCGUUCACCCUGAUAAGGCGACAGGACAGCCCUAUGAACAAUAUGCCAAGAUGAUUUUCAUGGAACUAAAUGACGCCUGGUCAGAAUUUGAAAGCCAAGGACAAAAAGCGCUCUACUGAAUACAAAGUGAGAAGAGGAGAGCGAGGAGAGCAAGGAGAGGAUGUCCCUGCUGAUUCUGUCGUGAUCACCUAAAAAUGUGUCACCACGUCUGGUCAACAUGCUACAGCCGCACCCUAUGACAUCUGCCUUUAUACUCGUGCUUCGACCCGUACGUCUCUUGCUACCGCACAAACACAACAUCCAGUUGAUCUGCAAAGACAGCAAACACGACAGAACUCCAGCCAACCAGACUAGCAAACAACUCCCUGUAGCUCAACUGUACGUACCUACCAUAACGUAAGUGGUUCAACAUCGUCUUCCCUCCCUUGUUGAGUGUCUUUAGUCCAGAACCAACCCACCAAUCAAAGCAGAGUCACCGAGACGUCUGGGAAGAUAGAGGAACACUUGACUCAGAGGGAGAUCAAAGGAAGAGAAGAGAUGAUGGACAACAGGAGAUAAGAAAAACACACAUCAGGGAGUGAAGUGAACAAACAUUUCACAGACUGCUCCAAAUGAAAGUCAUUCAGAGCAGCAGAGUCUGCGAGGCACAAGAAGCAUUUAAUUGCAUUCAACCAUUUACCCAUUAAGAGUUCUGUUCAGGAGAAGAGUUUGCUUUCCCUUUUUGGGGGGGAAACUGAUCCCUUAUGAACACCCAGAUAUCAAAUUCAGAUUACAGCAGAUUGUUUGGAAGUGUGAUUUAAGAAAAGUGUUAUGUAUGUGUGUUUGAAGGAGAAUGAAAUCAAACCGCUAUCACUGCUUUAGGCUUGAACUCUGAUUACAGGUUUGCUUCAGUCUCCAUCAGGCUGAACACUGUCUGCUGGGGAUGACUCAAAAUAACACUUUCAAUUACAGAAAAUAAUGGGCUCCGUAAUAAAUACUAAGGAUGCACCAGUAGAGCAAAUCAGGGCCAAUAUCGAUUCCAGUAUUUAAAAUAACAAUGUACUCAACAGUCCAUUUGAAUGUUUUUUUUCUUCAUUAUUUAUUGUUUCUUCGUUUAUUUUUGUCAUUAAUUCCCCGUCAGAGCCAGGGGCCCAAAUUAAUCUUCAUUAUCAAAACACAAGCGAACACUGGAGUCAUUCAGCACUUCAUUAUCCUUUAGUGAGCAUUUAUUCAGUCAUACGAAUCAAACGACCUUGACUUUUACAUGAGAAAGAUUUCUGGAUACGCUUUUUCAGUCACACACUCAGUAAGAGGCGUUUUUUAGGACUUCCAUAGCCCAACAAAAACCUCUUUUGGGGGGCAUUAAUAAAUAAGUAAAUACAUAAAUACAAAUUUAAAUGCACAAAUUGUAAGAAAAGCAGUAAAAUUCAAAAAUGUAAAAUACAAAAAUCAUCAUCAAAGGUUAGUAGGUGUAGAGCAGAAAGCCUUCUACAUUAAGGAUACGAGUCUCUACUCCUCCAUAUUGUCAGACUUUGGGACCACCUCAGUAUCCAGGUUAUUAUGAACGCCAUGAGAUUUCCAAAACUUCUACAAACAGAGAUAUCAUUUUGCUGUUUUUUUUUAAUGUAUGCACAUUUUGUUUUAUAUGUUUUGUUUUCAUUAGAAAAAUCCAUUGAUUAGGCCUUCCCAUUAUUAAAUGAAUGUAAGGCAACAGAUAUAUUUUGGCUACUGCAACUGGUUAAUGCCAAAUCAUCUGCUGAUUGGUCGAUCCAUCGACAGAGCAAGUAUCAGCCACUGCUUACUCUCAGUGGUGUGUCCCUGAUGAAAACACAGAUCAGAACACUGCUUCUAUUUCAACUCCUGACUUAUGUGAAUGAAAGACAAACAAACACUAGACUGUACAAAAGGGACUUAUCAUCGAUGUGACUGAACCUCAUGUGUGCAGGGACCUGAGGAUUGUAUGCUGUCAUUUAGGAUGAGCACACAAACACUUCCUCACGUGUAUCCUCACUCAUACGUGUUUGUUUUAACAAUAUGUAUGUUCUUUUGUAAGGGAGCUUGGUGAAAGCACAAAACUUUAUCCGGUGCAGCUUUGAAAGAAAACCACUGUUAUUUAUUUGUGAAUUACUGUCACUGUGUCGUUUUGUGUAUCGGACCUGCAGCAUUAUUUCAGGUUUUGAUCAACUGCACGUUCGCAGCUAAUGUAUGUAGAGGGUUUGAUUGACUUUUCAGGAGGCGUCAUGCUUAACUCAUGUAAGAUGAGAUCAUGGCUAAUAAUCCUAAUUAACAUUUUUGUUGUAGAAUGAAAUAUUUAUUUCCAAACUACAGAAAUGGCAUGUUUGUGAUCAUGCCUUAAACUUGCUGAAAAGAGUAGUGGGGUGAUUUAACAGAGAUAGAUCAUGUAUUCUUAUGAAACUACUGUAUUAUCAUCAGAUUUACUGAAUAUUUCUGCAUCAUAUCUUGAAUUCCUCACAUGUUGUCACAACAGACAUAACACUGAUUUGCAGGGACAACAUAUUUUAACUUUCAUUUCAUGUGUUUACAUUUGUGAGAUACUUCUGUCGCACCACUGGAACUUAUUUCACAUUAUCAUGCAGCUAUUUCUCUGGUAGAGUAAUAAAAGAUGUGUUUCCACCAAAAAUACUGGGGACUUUUAAUCCCAGGAACUGCUACUCAUGGGACUAUGAGGUUCCUUUGGUUUACACCAAUUUCUAAUGGUUUGCAGAGAUUAUGCAAGUUAGUUGAUGCAUGAAUAAGUACUCCACCAACCAGAAAUGUUCAGUGCUGCAAGGCUCGCCCCAAAGUCCUCAUACUUUUGGAAAGUAGAACCCUAAAAGCAAAGACUUUUAAGGGGUAAAAAUACCACCUUAAGCAUUUAUUUGGAUCAGAACAAGUUUCUGUAUCUUAAGAAUUAUUCGGAACACUGUCAGCAAAAAAAUACAGUGAGUGACAUGAAACAAAAAUACCAACACACCAGUUACCAAGAGAGAAAUUAAAGGUGGGAUUGAAUCUUGCACUUUCCAGUUUUAUAUUUUGUAAGCUAUAUACUGUAUGUGGGCAUUUUCACCUUUAUUGGACAGGAGAGCUGAAGAGAGACAGGAAAUGUGGGGAGCAGAAAACGGGGGAAGACAUGCAGCAAAUUCUGGGCCGAGAGUUGAAUCCACAACCCCUGCAACAAGGACUAUAGCCUCUGUACAUGGGGCGCAAGCUUAAACCGCUUGGCCCAAUAUCCAAAUUUUAAAUAGGUGGGCAAGAGUUGGUGCAAAAAUGUGACUCAUCAUUUCCUUGUCUCUGUUUGAGUAGUUGUGACUUUAAGUCCUAUGUUAACCUGGCAAUCCUUUUACACUAAUUCGUCCACCUCCUACCAUAACCCCCCCCCCCCUCCUUGAGGUUGCACCCUUAAGUUUGGGAGUCAAUGAUUUAGAACUCAGUCAGGAGACAAACUCUAAGUUUAUUCAAAAGUCCCUAGAUCCAUUGGUGGAAACACAGCUAAUGACAGUUUUAUGUAAUUUUAAUGUGCAGCACAUGGUUCAAACUUGAUUCCAUAACAUGUCAGUUCUCUCCGUGUUGUUUUACCUUCAUGCUGACUCAUGUAAAUGUUUUUAUGACUGAUAUUUCUUCUUUUGUAUAAAGUAUUUGGAGUCCUGGUUUGAAGUCCACGGGCCAACAAGAAGCAUAUGCAAAAACAAAACGAUGUACUAACAUAUAAGCUCAUCAAGACUGUAGAUGUUCUCUAUGUAUGUUAGAGGUUUGAGGUUUCAAUGGACUCUUCUACUGUGUUAUAACAUCCUUAGCUUUCAGCCUUGAGUUACUGAAAGAGAUCCUCUCUGCAACAUAUUUGUUUAUCAUUGGCUAAAAAUUCAGAAAUUCAGUUUAAACAGGAGCAAAAAGAGAUUAUUUGUCUUUACCCGUUCCUGAGCUGUCGGAGUUAUUUUAUGUCCUUUCUGUUUUUAUACUCUCUCGUUCUCUCUCUCUUUGCUUGAGGUUAGAAAAUAAUCGUUGGUUGUCUUAAACUUUUGUUAAACAUUCACACCGUUGUGUGUUAUCUCUAGACUCUGUUGGAAUUCAAUAUUAGAUUUCAAGUUUGUUCAUCUGCACUGACGAUGCUGACUAAACAGUGGAAAUAAAAAAGAACUGACUGCUGGGACAAAGACUUGACCCGGAGAAAAAUAUGUCCUGUGCUCUGGAUCAAGACACUGAGUCUAAGGCUGAAGACGUGGAACUCUGAUCUAGAGGCUCUUGCUUUCUUUGGUGACAAACUCAACGCAGGAAGUGUGUUGUAUGUGCUUCUGUGCUCCAUUUACACUGAGGACCUACGCGUGAAAUAACCCUCCUAAGCCCCCUCGCUGACUGAACUCUCUCUCUGCGGCUAUCUUACAGCUAUGUUAAAAAGCUAACCUCUAUAUUGUAGUCAAUGGAUGUGUGUUGUUUGCAGUUGUGGUACGUAUGGAAGUGAUCAGAUUUGGAUACAGACUACUAGUACGUUCUGUGUUUGCCUGUCUGCUGUUCAAGUAUUACUAAAUUGUGUAAAGAUUCUGUUCAUGUGCUCCUUUUCAGUUCUGUUAACCGUUACAGGAUGUACAUAAUGAUCAAGUGCAGUGCACAACAAUAAAUAGGAAACUGAAAACUGGACUGGUGAGCAGCUCUCAUCGGG